AUGAGCGGCCAUUUGCUGGCGCCCCUCCGGCGUCGGCCUUGGACGUGUCGGACAUGCCUGCAGCGACUGCAGCAACAGACUCGACGAUCCCUGGAAACGGCGGCAACCUCACCUUCGCAUCGCGCCAAUAGUUUCGAGUAUGCACCCGCCGGAACCGCGACGCAGAAGAAAAGCGCGGACGACCAGGUUCUUCGCCGCGUAUUCGACUCGCCGCCCUUCUGGAGGGAGUUUUCGCAGCGCCGCGCCUCGCAACCCUAUCCGACCGGUCUAGUGCAGAACCAGUACCUGACAAGUCCCGAUGGCUUUCGGACGUUUGCCCAUGUCUCGCUACAGAAAUGUCAAGCGAUCGUAUCCAAAGUCUUGGCGGCAUCGACCCUCGAGGAAUACCGGGACAUGGCUCGGGAUCUGGAUCGGCUAAGUGACCUUCUGUGCCGAGUGAUCGAUUUGUCCGACUUCAUCCGGACAAUUCAUCCAGACCCCCGCGUUCAGGAGGCGGCGACGCAGGCAUAUGCGUUGAUGUUCGAGUACAUGAACGUGCUCAACACCACGACGGGGUUGAACGACCAGCUGAAGAAAGCGGCCGCCAAUCCGGAGGUGACGGCACAAUGGUCGGAAGAGGAGAAGAUCGUGGCCCACAUCUUGAUCAAGGACUUCUCGAACUCGGCCAUCCACAUGCCGCCCCACGAGCGACAGCGGUUCGUGAACCUGUCCAAUGAAAUCAGUCAACUCGGGACGACUUUUGUGAACAGCGCCGAGCCGGCUAAAUCGAACGUGGUGGUGAACACCAACAGCUUGCGAGGGCUCGAUCCCAUGCUGGUCCAGCAAAUCAAGCGAUGGAAUCGCAGCACCGCGGCGGUGCCGACCAUGGGUAUGAUCCCGCGUCUGGCACUCCGAUCGGUGCACGACGAGGCAGCUCGGAAGGACAUCUAUCUGGCGACGCGCACUUCCAGCAGCCGACAAGUUCAUCGGCUGGAGCAGCUUUUGGCCAAACGGGCCGAACUGGCUCAAUUGUCGGGCUACUCUAGUUUCGGGCAUAUGACGCUGAGCGACAAGAUGGCCAAGAGUCCCGAGGCGGUGUCCAAGUUCCUCACCGCGCUGGUGGGCAGCAACCGGCAGUCCGUGCAGGAAGAGCUGUCUCAUUUGCAGGCCAUGAAGGGCAGCGCGGCGCUGCAGGCGUGGGACCAUGCAUAUUACGUCCACCAGCGGGUCAUGCAGUACUCGCAAUCGAGACGCUCACGGGAACUGAGUGCCGUCCCCGAGUUCUUCUCGCUCGGAACGGUGAUGCAGGGCCUAUCGCGACUGUUUGACCGCCUCUACGGCGUGCGCCUGGUGCCCCAGGAAACGGCGCCCGGCGAGACGUGGAACGCCGAUGUGCGCCGACUGGAUGUGGUCGACGAGACGGAGCGACACAUCGCCGUCAUCUACUGCGACCUGUUCUCGCGUCCCAACAAGCACCCCAAUCCGGCUCAUUUUACGCUGCGAUGUGCCCGCGAAAUCUCACCGGAGGAGGUGGCCGAGUGCGCGACCAUGGGUUCGUCCGCUCACCCUAACGACGGCAUGGCCACCGCAGUCGAAUCCCAAACCCUCCGCCAGUUGCCUACGAUCGCCCUGGUGUGUGACUUCCCCGAGCCCCCGGCCACCGGUGCCGGACGACCCUCGCUGCUAAGCGAGCACAGCGUACGCACACUCUUCCACGAGAUGGGCCACGCCGUGCACUCGAUCCUUGGCCAGACACGACUGCAGUCGAUCUCCGGCACGCGGUGCGCCACCGAUUUCGCCGAGCUGCCCUCGGUGCUCAUGGAGCGCUUCGCCACCGCUCCCGAAGUUCUUGCCCUCUACGCCCGUCACUGGCAGACCGACCAACCGCUGUCAGAGGAAAUGAUGCGCCGCAUGGAACAAGAUCGCAACGCACACGGUUCCAUCUACGGCGCCGUCGAAAACGAAGCCCAAAUUCUCAUGGCGCUCGUCGACCAGGCCUACCACUCUCAGGGACCGUCGCAGUCCCCCAUCUCCUCCACCACUCUCUACCACCAGGUCUGCUCCGCCCACGCCAGUCUUCCCGACCCGGCGGACUCCAAGACCUCGUGGCAGGGCUUCUUUGGGCAUCUGUACGGCUACGGUGCCACCUACUACAGCUACAUCUUCGACCGAGCCAUCGCCAACAAGAUCUGGGAGGAUGUUUUCCGCGGCGGUGCCGCCGCCGUGGACCGCGCCGCGGGUGAGAAAUACCGCGACGAGGUUCUCCGCUGGGGCGGCGGACGCAACGGAUGGGACUGCGUGGCGGGAGUCUUGGGCAAAGACCAUCCUGCCAACGCGGACGGUCGACUGGCGGACGGCGGAGACCAGGCGAUGCAAGAAGUCGGUCGCUGGGGACUCGGACGGGACGGAGUGUCGGGUUAG